CAGGGAGCAGUGGGAGGAAGCACGGUGAGGCGCGGGGACGGUCGCCGCUCAGAGGGCGGAUUAGAGACGGAGAACGACUUCCAGCGCAGAGAGGAGCUGCUGGGGAGAGAGAGGCGACGGCGCCGGGGACAGACGGGCCCUCCUGAGUGGAGGACUGAACCGCCGAGCUGCAGCGCAAAUGGAAAUUAAAAGUUAGGCCAUACCACCCAGGUUUGUGUAAGUAUGAAUGACAAGUUCCCGCCAUGGAAUGCCCAGCGAGGGUACAGCCACGGAAAGGCAUAUGGGUCUGAUACACUACAGAAAUGCCAAGGAUUGGAUAACGCUAAUGAUGUUUCUCCACAUUGUGGAGAAGCAACAACUGAUGGAAAUUAUGAGGAACAAUCAAGAGACUUCUCCCGUACCAGUUGGCCGCAGACAUCUCAGCAUGAGGGGACCGACAUGAGAGGCAUCCAGUCUGUUGGGCAUGCAUCAUCAUACACAUCUAGUGCCUCAAAUGCUUUUUCUUCUGAUGGCCAGGGAAUUCCUUCAGGAAUAGUAAAUUAUCCAUAUUACCGAGUCAGCCCACACCCCAUGAGAUCCAAUAUGGGACACAUUACAGAACAUUAUGGAGAAGGAACUGCAAAAGAGAUGAGAAAGAGAGACCAUUUUAUCAACGACAGUUUAGCUGCUGCAUCAACCAAUGCAUCAAAUACAUUGGUUCAAGAAACGGAACUGGAAAAAAACAGCUCUUCUAACUGGACAUCUGUGAUUAAAGAAGCUUUAGAAAUGAGUAAUGGUGUAGGAUUGGAACAGGAUGUAUCCUGUGGAACAUCAGUGGUUUAUGAGGAAGCACAGAGUGAGACAAGAGGAACAGAACUUCUGAAGGACCACUUUGACCCUGUAGAUUGCCAAAGUCAAAAUGACCAUGAGAACUGCAAGACAGAAGAAAUGAUUGGUGCUCAAGAUUCAUCAGUUAUUGUCUUAUUUGAUGGGAUGAAAAUCACUCCUAUUAAAUCAAGUCAAGAUCUUCAACAGAGGGAGGUAAAUUCCUUGAAUGAUGGCUUUUCUGUGAAUGACAAGGUACACAAAAAGACUUCUUGUGGGACAACUGAGCAGUGCUCAUCACUGGGAUUUUAUAAUACCACUGAGAUUUGCUCUUUAGAGCAACAUGCACCUACAAAACAGAAAUCAGUUUCAGGUUUUACAAUUAGAUCCUGUUUGUCAGAUAAUUUAAGUACAAUCAGAACUAAUGUGGAAAAGCAGUCUGAAAAUUUAGUUGAACUUGUGUCCACGGUUCCUUCUACCUCAUUAGACAUAACAGGGAACAGAGAGGGCACAUUAUCACCAGCUGUUUCCCAACUGAGACAGAUUUCCAAAGAACAUGCUGAGUCUUACAAAAAUUACAGAAGGUAUGUGGACAGCCAGACUAAGCUUUGUGAAGACUAUUGUUCUAAAGGUAACAAUGCAAUACUCCCUAGAAUUUUCAAUGUGCCUGGUAAGAAUUUGAAGCCCAGUAUGACCCAGAGACCAAUCUUUCAAUCAAAUGUACCAGAUAAUAUCAGUCAGACUGGUCAGCAUGAAUGGGCUGGAUCAGAAAUGAAAUUAAAUUUUACUAUUACAGAAAAUCAAAAACCAGUUGUGGCACAAAAUGAAUUGGUGGUGAUGGAAGAAAACUGGUCCUCAAACAUAACUGAGGGAACAAAUACAGAUGACGGCCAAAAUUUCCCCUUAAAACUUAAUGUUCAAAAUGAGAAGUCUAACACAGUUAGGCGGUGUGCCUUUACCGGUACCUCUGCUGAGCCAAGCUCUGUAUGUUCUUCUACCCCUGUCAGUCAGCUAGAGAACUUUGUGCAUAACCUUUACAAGGAGAUCCUUCCUACCCCUACACUGAAAUCUCUGCAGCCCUUUCACAUCCGAACAGACACUACAAAGGAGACUGCAACUAAAUGUGAAGAUUCUGAUCUACCACCUAGACAAGAGCAAUCCUUAAACAUGGCAUCAAAUGCUGAAUGUACACUAACAAAACAAACUAGAUCAACAUCCAGAACUGCCUGCUUUGCUGUUCGAAGUCCUCAGAAGGACUUGGUGAAAAACCAAGUGAAGCCAAACAAAUGGGAAAAAACAGGUAAUGGUUUUAGUACUCAGGAAGCUUCUACUUUUCAAGACUCAGCUGCUGAGCCAGGAGACUUGGCCUCUGACAAAGUACCUCCCACAAAGGCAGCUGGAAAAGAUUGUUUAACCUCACCAAAACCUUAUAAGAAACAACCUCAACAUGAUUCCACGCCCUCGUUUACCUCAGAAAAUGUCUCUCAAAACUCACAAAAUGCUUUAAAAAAGCAGAAGACACCAAGUAAAAGAAAAGCUUUAGAUGGUGAGGCAUUAACUUGUCAUACACAAAAGAGAACCUGUGAAAUCGGUAAUUACAGUCCUAUAACUAACCUUGAGAACGUACCAUCGGAAGGCCUUACUAAGGAAGUUAACACUACUGAUGUUUCACAGUGCACAAGGGAAAAGCAAAAGAAACCAGAAAACAGUUGCGGCUCACUGAAGAAAUCAUCACACCUGCUGGAGGAGCAACCCCUUGGCUUAUAUAAUGUGGUUAAGAUGCCAACUGCAAAACAAGAGUGCAGUCCUAUUGCUUUGACUGAAAAAGAGGAAAGUAAUGCAGAUCUGCCAGAAACUGCCAGAAGCCAAAUUGUGUCCCAACAAGAAGAUUGUCUUCCACUAAUCUCAACAUCUGCUGCACAGAAGUCUGUAAAAGCAAAAGCACAUGCAACAAAAUUUACAAACAAAACAACUAAAGAUGUAACUUUGGAGGAUGAUCCUCUUUCCUGUGAGCCAGCAGAUUCCAUUUUAACCUCUGAGAAUAGUGAUUUACGCCCAAGGAAUACCAGCAUGAAAUUUAAGAAAACUAAGAAUUCCAAAAUAAAAAACAAAACUGCGGCAUUAGGCUGUGUUCAUAAAUGCCCAGCUCUAUCAACAGACAAACUCUCAUCUUUUGGUCUUUUUGAAGAUGUUAACGCAACCCAUGAAAUUCAGAAUUCAGGAUCUAAAAGCUACAUUAGAAGAUGUUCAGAUGAAGAUGUUAGUAUUGAUGCAAAAAGCAAAGCUGAUGACCAGAAUUCUCUUCAGGAGCCAGUGCAGCAGAAUGCAAAAGCAGAUAUAAUAGAAACUUACGGAACACCUGAUGCUUGUUUGUCCAUGGAUAUUGUGUUUCCCAGAGAAUUAGACAAUACAUUUCAGCUUGUGUCUGACAUUAAAACUGAACCAAUGGAAGUCAGAAACUAUCUGAAGAAGCUAAGGAAACGAAAAACUACCUCUGAAAACCACUCUCUUGUUUGUAAGAGUACAAAAAAUGUGAAGCUAGAGUCUGAUAUUUAUCCUCAAGGCUGCCGUGAUUUGCCUGUUACUCAUUUUGAAAAUGUGUCAGAUUUUCUAGAGAAAGGAACAGUUUCAGUCAAAAUAGAAGAAACCCUUGAAGAUGGUUCCCCCAGUCUUGCUAAGAAUGAUCUUAAAAUGGUUAAUCUCAAGAGCAUUAAAGCUCAUGUUUUAAAGAGGAAAAGAGCUCGCCGCCCCUUGAGAAAGAGGAAGCUAAUGAAAUUAGCCAAACCAUUAUCGGAAGCCCUGAAUACUGAAACUAUAACUGCUAAAGGUUUGCAGAAAAUCUCUCAAAAUGUUGUUCCUGGAGAUUUAAUGAAGACUGAUGUGAACUUUGUGAAAACACAGAUGGAGUCUUCCGUGGAUUCUUCUAGAAAAUCAUGCUGUGCAAGACAAAGUAACUCCUGUUCCAGUAUCCAGACCCGUUCUACUGUCAACCUGGUGCUGGAGGACCCGUGUGAGAGUCCUGAACAGAAGCAGACAAUUCUCUCUCAUCCAGUAACUAGGGAGACUAUGGAUAAUCACACUAGCAUCUCUAACUGUAAAAGUUCCAGUAGUGAUGGACAUAAGUCACGAAGAAGACAGCCAAAGAAGCAGAGACGAUCUGCACGAUCAAGGACAAAUACAGCGCAAACAGCCUUAAUUUGCAAAGCUGAAAAAACAGAGCUUGAGAGUCCUGAACAGAAGCAGACAAUCCUUUCUCAUCCAGUAGCUACCAGGGAGACUGUGGAUAAUCACACUAGUAUCUCUAACUGUAAAGGUUCCAGCAGUGCUGGGCAGAAAUCACAAAGAAGACAGCCAAAGAAGCAGAGACGAUCUGCACGAUCAAGGACAAAUGCAGCGCGAACAGCCUUAGUUUGUAAAGCUGAAAAAACAGAGCUUGAGCCUGUGAACGUUUCAAAAAGGAGUAGGUCCGUGUCUCCUGUGGAGAAUAAUAUCCCACCCCUUCAAAUCUCAUAUCUUUCUGCAAGUACAGCUAGUGCAGAAAAUGAAACUGCAGUUGUGGAACCCACAAAUCUGAUGAAACAGAAGAUUAGCCAGACGUGCAGGAAAAGGACAUUAUCAAAAAUUGGGUUACAAAAUUACUCUCCAGAACAGAGGGUUACUUCUAAGAUGGUAAACAGUCUGCAAGCUCUUCCUGUUCAUGCAAAAAAAGGAGGCAAGAUGUCCAAAACGCAGUUAUCAAACGUCAACAUAUCAAGUUUGAGAUACUCCAGAAGACUGUCAAGGUUUACCCCAGGCGAAGUCAGAAGUCUUCAAAAACCUGGUAACAGUGCAGCAGAUGACAGCAUUUCAUCAAAGUGUCAUUCAGUUUUAUUGUGUGAAGUGCGCCGCAAAAGCAGAAGAAGAAAAAAUAGAAAGCACAAUAAGAAGAAAAGUGUUCAAAUCAGAUCAAACACCAAUGAAUCUUUGCCUAAGAGUAGCUGUGAUAUUAUGGACAACUGUCUCCUAACUUCGACAUGUGAGGAAAAAGACCAAAAGACAAACGAAGAUAGUUCAUUGGAUUCUCUUGCACUGUGUGGCCACCACCUAAAAGUAUCCGAGGGAAAAGUAAUACAGGUAGCAACACGCAUCCUUCCCAGGACAAUGAAACUCAAGCGUGAAAAGGAUCAAGGUAUGGUUGCAGACACAAAACUAUUGGAGAAUAGCUCAGAGACACUGGCUAACAAUGGAGAAAUGUCAGAGGAAAAAUUUGGCCAGCUAAGUCUUAUGUUAAAGCAACCACCUUCAAUGAUUCAAUGUGGAGAAAGUCCAGGUGUAAAGGCAGAAUUAAAAAAUAAGAGGAAAAUGUCAAAAAAGAAGGCUGAACAAGUUUCCAAGAGGAUGGAAUUGAGCCAGGAAGCAAAAGGUUUGCAACUGGAUUCAAGUAAAGACUUAGGCUGCUUUGAAAGACCUCUCAAAAUGGGUAUAGCCAAUGGGGAACAGCAAUCAGCAAAUGUUUUUCGUGCAGUUAGCAGCAAGAUGCUACUGAGUACAGCAGUUGAAGAAGCCCACUUUGCUUUGUCCACUGCCUUAUCUUCUAAGUCAGAGAACAAGGACAUAAAGGGGAGAGAAAGCAAGAAAAAGACAAGAUGGCAUGAAAAGAAGAAAGACGCUUCCAGCACUGAAUCAAAUCGUGGUGAUGCUUUUGAAUUAUCUCUGAAGUCCUCUGCUAAUACCAUAGGGUUCCAUCCCAGCAAGAUCGGUGAUGCAAUUUGUGAUGAUAACAUAAAGGAAGAAAAGUAUGAGAAGGUUGUGACUGAUACAAGUAUCAGAGCAUCUGAUCUGGAAGUACUAGCAAGGGAUGUUACAGUUGAAAAUGCUGGACUUAAGGCUGCUAGUGAGGGCACUUCACCUAAUUUUGGAGAUCAAAACACAGGUGGGUUUAUACAGUAUUUUAAAGACUUUAUAGCCACUCUAAACAUAGGCACAUGUGCAGUAGAUGAUGCUGCUGAACAUAAGAAAGCGGGAUCCCUACCAAGAGAAUUGGCAAAGAAAUUUAUCAUCUGUAAGUACUGUGGUCAGUCUUUCCGUCAUAUCUCAGCAUACACUGUUCAUCAGCGUAUUCAUACUGGUGAAAAACCUUACAGAUGCAAACUUUGUGGCAAGAACUUUGCUCACCUUUCCAAACUCAAAUCUCAUAGAAAAAACCAUACACAGCCAGAAGCUCUGCGUUGCCCAUGCUGCAGCAAAACAUUCUCCCGAAAACAGAAUUUUGUAUCCCAUUUUAAGAUCCACUUACAGGAGACAAAACAGAAGAAUGGGCCUGACAGAGACAUGAAAUGCAAAGAUUCUGCCCCUUUAACUUCUCCCUUCAGAGAUGACACAAGCCUCCUUUGUGAAAUUUGUGACAAAAACUUUACCAACAAAUUUAUGUUAAAAAUCCAUAUGCAUAUGCAUGAUGGAAAGAGUCUGUCCUGCACAACCUGUGGAAAGAAAUUUCAGGAAUAUUCAAACCUUCAGGUCCAUGAGAAAACCCAUUGGCUUGUGAAACCAUAUGCCUGCUCCAUUUGUGGUAAAGUGUUUAAACAACUCAAGGCACUGAAAAAGCACUCUCAGGGCCACACAGGGGAGACUCCUUUCUCCUGUUCUCACUGUGGCUGUGCUUUCCAUGACCUCUCUGCACUACGAGUGCAUCAGGUAUUCAAGCAAUGUGCUGUAAAUGGAAAAAUAAAUGGGGGCAACUGUGACAAUGAGGGCUUCCUAGUCAGUCAAGGAAUUGAUAGUCAAGUAAAUACACCAGUUUUCUUCAAAUGCCAGAUAUGCAAACUGCUUUGUCGAAAGUGGUGCCAGUAUACUCUUCACCUGGAAACCCACACAAAAGCUCCACCGUAUCUCUGCUUUACUUGUGGGCAGAGUUAUGCGAAGGAUUCUGACAUUAGCAUUCAUUGUAAGAUUUGCUGUCAGUCAAGCGGGGAAGAAGUGGCUUGUCGUGCAUCAAUUUCUGAAAUCUUCUCCGGUGACACCCAAAAAUAUACUUCCUCUCUGAAUACUUCAACCCUUAACCCUCAUUCUGUAAAGAAUUGCAAAACCAAAAACAAUUCAUUGUCAAAUGAAAGUCACUCUCAGGAUUCACAAGCUUCUGCUAAUCUGCAAUGGACAGAACGCCUUAAUCCUCAUGAGUUCAUUGAGGCUUCAUUGUUGCCUGAAACUAAUGUUGCUGAGUUACCCAUUCAUCUGCAUUCAGGUUCCCCAUCACCCACACCUGAGAUCACUUGUGUCUCCUUAAACGACUCUCAGGAAUGCAUUGAAAUCUCACCAAGGCUUGGGAAAUUUGAAUGCCCACGUUGUGGUCAGCAAUAUGAACAAUACAGGACUUUACAUGCUCACAUGCAGACACAUGCCCAUGGUUAUAGAUAUGUUUGCGGACCAUGUGGGCAGUCAUUUGAGCGGUGGAAUAGACUUUGGUUGCACCAAAGGAUUCAUCGUAGGAAACGCCGGUUCUAUUCUUGUUCACAGUGCAACCUCCAAUUUCGCUUCAUUGGUUCAUAUAAAGGGCAUAUGCUGGACCAUGCAGGGCAGAGACCUUUCGCUUGUCCUGUCUGUCCUGAAACCUUUGUCCAUGGAGAAGCAUUGCAUGCUCACCAGUGUGAAUUUCAUCAGUUCUCAAAAAUCUUACAGUGUGAUGUUUGUGGAAAGACCUUCAGUAAUUUGAGAAACUUGCUUAAGCACAGUCGUCUACACAAUGGUGUAGUUUCUCACCAGUGUCUUGCAUGCAAGCUGUCCUUCACAAACAGCAAAAUCCUACAGGAACAUCUGAAAUCUCACCAGAAUAAGCUUGGACUUCCCCUCCCUGAUAUUCCAUCACAGCCUUUGGCAUUUUUGCACAAGUGCAAGAAAUGUGAGGCCUGCUUUUCAACAGGUGAUCUACUCUAUGCUCACCAGAUUUGUCAUUUCGGAGGUCAGUUGUGUCCUACUCAUAUCAACAAAUCUACCUCGUCUGUGUUUGAGGGGAGCUCUCAACCUCACACAGAAUCCCCAUCUCAUUCUACUACCAGGCCUCUGUUAUCCACUCUUAACCUUGAUACUAUUCCAAAUGAUGAGCGCCUUUAUACUUACCCCCACCCAGACAAGCUUUAUGUGAUGCCUAGCCUGUCAAGAACACGUCUCCCGCUCAUUAAUUUGGACUCCGAUGAGGAGGAGAACACACAGCCAGCAAGUAGUGACCAAGCUUCUGCAAACAUUAGCAUGUCUGGAAGUGAAGGGCAAAGAAUACCAGAAAGUACUCAAGACUUUUCUGAGACUAAUACCACACAUCUACCUCAGGCUUUGGAAAGCCCAGAAUCUAGUCUUCAGUCUCAGUCCACUGAAUGCAUGCCAGCACCUUGCACAAUAACCAGUAAUGUUGAGAACAAAGUUAGUCACGAUUCUGUGACUCAGACAGAUAAUUUUGUGGAAACUAGUGUGUUCCUAGAGGACCCAACCACCACUGCAAACAGAGAACAAAAUGAGGAGCUGGAAGAGAGUUUUGAAUGUGCUGACUGUUCCUAUAGGGCAAACAGUCUUCUGGGAUUACAUGAACACUAUUUUUUACAUGCUUUUGGGAAUUAGUUACCUACACAACUUCCUCAGACAGAUGAGAGUAGUUGUAUGUUAGCAGUAUUGUUCAUAUGCCACUUUUGGUUGGAAAUGCAGCCUACUGUAGGAAAACGGGAUGUCUUGUUUUUUCAGUAGGGGCAGUAUUGAGUUGCUGAACCUUAGCAAGUAUCUUUCAAAACGGAAAUCGGUCAUGUUUUGUGCUAAAUAAGGUUUCCAUAUUUAUUUAUGGAUCUUAGCAUGCAUUACGAAACACCUUUUAAUCUGACACAGGACAUGUUUUACUCUCGUAUGGUUAAACACAAAACAAUGUAAUUCACUUUUACAAGCAUAUGGCUUUAUUAUGCAGAGCUAGGGCUUAACGAUUUGUGUAAAAUAACUAGUUGUGAUUUGUCCGAUCAUUAUUGUGAUUGCUAUUGAAAUAUUUUUUUCCUGCUAAAUUAAACUCCUGGCCUUUUUUCCCGCAGCUAAAAAAAACUGCACAUCAAUUUAUGCCAGCUUGAACGCUGAAUGUAGUGUGCCAGUCGAAGCUCUGUGUUGUUAAGGUUAAAUUUGUCCACUUAAGACGAUUGUGAAUAACAUAGGAUAUAAUUGCAAUUGCAACCCUUGCAAUUUGGAAAUGGUACCUUUUUCAAAUUUAGUUUCGAUAUAAAAUUUAUCGUUUAGCCCUGUGUAGAACUUUGUGCCUCACUACUGUGUGAUGUCUUAACCCAGUGUGUUCUUAAAACAUGAAGUGCAUUAUCAGUUUCAGUACUGAGCAGUUUUAACCUGUGCCUUCACAAAGUUUAUCUUGAAGUGAUACAUUUAAGAAACGGUCUACAUAGUUCUACAGUCUGUUUGCAUAUCGUGACUCUUAUUGUAGUCAAUGGACCUGUAAAUAUUGUCACAAACCUGCACUAGAAAACCUUUACUAAAAAGUUAGUUUGUAUUAGUUUUUUAUACUUUUUUUUCCUUCUUAACACUUUAUGGGUGAAUACUGUAUCAGUAAUAUAACUUUAGCCAUUUAUGGAUAAAUGGAUAGAAGCAGGGAAAGUUCAUGCAAGAUAAAAUGGACACAAGCAUUGCUGUAGUUUGGAGUUUGUUUAUAUGUACUGUACAUGAUCAUUUUGGGAACACUGACAGCUUUCUUUGAAAAUUCUAUACAGUAGGUUUAUUUUUCAAGAAAAACAUUUAAAAAUUUUCUGAAACAAACUCUUUUACAAUGUUUUUUUAAAGGCCUUUAAUAAAACCCUAUCUGUAAUACCCAGUA